UUUUUUUUCAGAAUGAAUAUAGACCCAACAAUUAGCCAUGAAAUGCUUUUUAGCGAACGCCCUCGGACUGCUUUUACAAUGUCCCCGGAUCAGGCACUUUUCAGUUUGGUUAAGGUUAUGCUUGGAACUGGACUUUUGUCUUUGCCGUUGGCUUUUAAACAUUCUGGACUUUGGUUAGGACUUUUUCUUCUAAUAAUUAUUUGCGGUGUUUGUACAUACUGCUGUCGAAAUUUGGUUCAUUCUUCUGUAUUUCUUUGCAAUCGGAAGCGACAAGAAAUUAUGGACUAUGGAAACGUUAUGAGAAAUGCAAUAGAAUGUGGACCUCCAUGGAUUAAUCAACGAGGAUAUUUCUUUAAACAAUUAGUCAACAGUACAAUGUUUAUUGCGCAACUUGGAUUUUGUUGUGUUUAUUUUGUAUUUAUGGCUGAUAAUUUAAAACAGUUCUUUGACGAGACUUCAUGUAUCCAUAUAUCCCAGGCUGGAUGGAUUGCGAUGCUGUUAGUUCCUACUUUGGGUUUAUGCACAAUUCGUCAAUUAAAAAUGUUGGCCCCAUUAGCUUUAAUUGCCAAUAUUUUUUAUUUGGCUGCUGUUGCAAUUAUUGUUGCCUAUUUGGUUACCCAUUUGAAUCCAAUAAAGGAUGCACCAGCAGUUGGGAAUUUGACUGAAUUACCUCUCUUCUUUGGGACUGUUAUGUUUGCAUUUGAGGGUGUUGCUGUGGUUUUACCAAUUGAAAAUAAAUUAAUUAAUCCUGUUGACUUUAUUGCUGCCAAUGGUGUUUUAAACACAGCUUGCUUUAUUGUUUUGGCUGUAUAUGCUACAACUGGAUUUUAUGGAUAUUUGGCUUUUGGAAGUCAUGUUAAAGACACUGUUACUCUUAAUUUGCCAAAUGAACCUUUCUAUCAAGUUAUCAAAAUAAUGCUUGUUGGUUGCAUUCUUGUUUCCUAUCCUCUUCAAUUCUAUGUCCCAAUGGAACGUGUAGAGAAAUGGGUUUCUCGAAAAAUUCCGAUUGAAUGGCAAAAUCCAAUUGUGUAUAUUUUGCGUUAUUCUAUGGUUAUUCUGACAUGCCUAAUUGCUGAAUUAAUUCCUCAUUUGGGACUUUUUAUUUCACUUGUUGGAGCUUUUGCUGGAACUGCAUUAGCAUUAAUUUUUCCAGCAAUGAUUGACCUUCUCUGCAACUACAGCCAAAUGAAAUUGACAAGGGGAAUUUGGAUUAAAAAUAUUUUUUUGUUCGGGUUUGGAGUUUUGGGACUUUUAACUGGUACUUAUGCUAGUCUAACACAAAUUGCCUAUGCUUUUGGAGUUGAAGAUAAGACUUGA